GCAGGCCGUUGGAUGGAGAGCACUGCAGAUACCCCCCUGAGGAUACGCGAGAGCUGAUGCCGUCUGUCUGGGACGAAAGAGAAAACUUUUCCUCGUUUUGGCCGGCUCGAAUGCAACGGCCAGGUUAAUCUCCCUAUUGCAGACUUCGCGGAGGGCAGCCAAAGAGAGUCAUGUUGUAACACCAAAUUGCUGGGGCCUUUCUUUGGUUUCCUCGCCAUCCUGGAUCUUUACAGCUUGGUCUUCCAACUGGUUAAGGAGCGAGAGCGUGUGUGUGCAUCAAAAGGAGGCUCUCUCGGUGGUGAGUGAAGACCAGUCACUUUUUGAUUCCACCUACGGAGCUGCCGCUCACCUCCCCAAAGCAGAGAUGACGGCCUCAGGGAACCCCGAUUAUGGCCAACCGCACAAAAUCAACCCUUUACCUCCUCAGCAGGAGUGGAUCAAUCAGCCAGUCCGGGUGAACGUGAAGAGGGAAUAUGAUCAUAUGAAUGGAUCCAGGGAAUCUCCAGUGGAUUGCAGCGUUAGCAAAUGCAACAAGUUGGUCGGUGCAGGGACCGAGUCCAACCCCUUGAACUAUGGCACCUACAUGGAUGAGAAGAACGGUCCUCCUCCCCCCAACAUGACAACCAAUGAAAGGAGAGUCAUUGUCCCAGCAGAUCCCACAUUAUGGACCCAGGAGCAUGUCCACCAAUGGCUGGAAUGGGCCAUAAAAGAAUAUGGUUUGAUGGAGAUUGACACCAACCUUUUCCAGAACAUGGAUGGCAAGGAAUUGUGCAAGAUGAACAAGGAUGAUUUCCUACGGACCACCUCUCUCUACAACACGGAAGUCCUGCUGUCUCACCUCAGUUACCUCAGGGAAAGUAGCUCAUUGCUGUCUUACAACACACCAGCCCACACAGAGCCUUCCUCGCGACUCAGUACCAAAGAAGAUGUCUCUUAUGAUGCUGUCAGGAGAUCGGGAUGGGGCAAUAACAUAAAUUCCAGCCACAACAAAAGUCCACCGUUGGCAGGGACACAAAAUGUGAGCAAAAAUCCAGAGCAGCAGCGGCCCCAGCCAGAUCCUUACCAGAUUUUAGGACCAACCAGCAGCCGUUUAGCUAACCCAGGGAGCGGACAGAUCCAGCUAUGGCAGUUUCUACUGGAGUUGCUGUCGGACAGCUCCAACGCCAGCUGCAUCACCUGGGAAGGAACUAAUGGGGAAUUCAAGAUGACGGACCCCGACGAGGUGGCCCGGCGUUGGGGGGAGCGCAAGAGCAAGCCCAACAUGAAUUACGACAAGCUCAGCCGAGCCCUCCGAUACUACUAUGACAAGAACAUCAUGACCAAAGUACACGGCAAAAGGUAUGCCUACAAAUUUGACUUUCACGGCAUCGCCCAAGCCCUUCAGCCCCACCCGACUGAAUCGUCGAUGUACAAAUACCCGUCAGAUCUGUCCUACAUGCCUUCGUAUCACGCGCACCAGCAGAAAGUGAACUUUGUGCCUCCGCAUGCUUCCUCUAUGCCUGUCACUUCCGCAAGCUUCUUUGGAGCGGCGUCACCAUAUUGGACUUCUCCCACGGGAAGCAUAUACCCAAACCCCAACGUACCACGCCAUCCAAACUCCCAUAUGCCUUCACACUUAGGCAGCUACUACUAGAUGCUUUUUCACCUUCUGUGGCCUUUCUCAGUUCAAUUGGAUGUUCUCUUCCCCUCUUGGAUAACUAUGGACUUUUUGGUGGACUUUCAUCUUUUUGUCGGGGAGAAAAGCUGAAAAACUGGAUAUUAUUAUUAUUUUUAUUAUUUUUAUUAUUAUUAUUGGAGUAAACCUUUUUUAUUUUUGUGAUUCUGCUUCUUUGGUCUCAAAUGGGCAGAUGGAUUUUCCGAUGGGCCAGUAUUAUAAUUAUAUAUUUUUUUUCUAUUUUGGUUCCAAGCCUUAUAUCCUCUAUUGGACCAAGUCGAG